GAGGAUUCUGUAUGCAUUUAAGUCGCUCACAAAACAUUUAUUGAAAUGAACAAGAGCGUAGCUAAAUAUAUGUUCUAAGUAUGUUUUUAAUGCGUGAAUAUGAAUAAUCCAAAAGAUAAGCAACUGCUAUGAGCGCGUCUUUCAUGCCCUUUAAAUAUUGGAGCUAUCCGUAACGAUAAGGUGGAAGAAGGUGCAAAUGGAAUGGAGGAAUUUCCUGUAAGUGCUGUUGAGGCGUUGUGCCUUGGCACCAGCCUCACAAUCUCUGGGAUCCUGUACUACGUGUACAGAAAGAAGAAGAAGACAGUAGAUAAGCUAAAAGAUGCUCCACAGCUGACCUUGGAUGGAAAGCUAGCAGACCUUCUAAACGUUACCCCUGGAAAGUGUCUACAGUAUGUUGUCAUUGAAGGGACGGUUCAGCCCGUGUCUGAGCCGCUCAGGAGCCAGUUCCAGGAGGGGGCCGUCGGCGUGGUCCAGAAGCUGAUGCUGAGGGAACACAAGCUGGUGUGGAACGGCUUGGCUCGGGCAUGGACGGACAGCGAGCGCGUGCUGCACCAGCGGGUGCACGCCGUGCCCUUCCACCUGGCGGGGUCGGAGGAGGCGGUGGUCCGGGUGCUGUCCCCCCUGGAGGCGUCGGCCCUCAACAUGGAGGUGAUCCACGAGAAGUUCCACCAGGCCACGUACGGCUUCAGCGACAUCAUCGGACAGUACCUGAGCGGGGAGAAGCCCAAAGGCCAGCUGGAGACAGAAGAGAUGCUCAGGGUGGGUACUACUCUGACGGGCGUGGGGGAGCUGAUCCUGGACACGGACCGGGCGCUAAAGCUCCGCCCUCCCACGGACGGCUCCGAGUACUUCCUGACCACUGCGGACUUUGAGACCCUGCGCAUCGACCAGGAGAACCAGGCGGCGGCGUGGCAGGUGCUGGCCGCCGUGUUCGCCCUGGCCGGGGCGGCCGUGCUGCUGUGGGUGGCCAGGCGCUACUACCGCAGCCUGAAGCACCACUGGGAGCAGGAGCGCCUGAGGCGGGAGUUCGAGACGCUGGGGGCCGACUCCGCAUCGCCGCCGGGCCCCGGGACCUCUCGGGACGAGGCGGCGGCGCCCCUGGAGAACGCCUGCGUGAUAUGCCUGAGCCGGCCGCGCGGCUGCGUUCUCCUGGACUGUGGUCACGUGUGCUGCUGCUACAGAUGCUACCAGGCACUGCCCCAGCCCACCUGCCCCAUAUGCAGGCAGACCAUCAGGAGGGUGGUGCCCCUGUACCAGGCCUGAAGCCCGUUCACUCAGAGACCGUGCCUUACUCAAGAUUUGAACGCAGAUACUGUGAAGAUCAUCCUAGCCCUUCAAUCACAUGAAAACACGUUUUUUUAUUACCUUUAAUUUUAUUACCAAAUGGGUCAAGUCCUUUCCUAUGCCUUUCACAACACAAUACCUACUUUUUGGGAGAAAUAUGUAAAAUCAACUGGGUAAAUGCUAAUAUAUUCUGGUUUUGGUCUUUCAAUGUUUUCUUUUCAAGUUAUUUAUCUCUUACAUUGGAAAAGUUGUGGUUCACUAGAUGGCGAAUGUCUAACAUACUGUGUUUUAUUACAAUUUACCUGUUUCAAGUCCUACAGAUUAAAUACCUCCAAAAACAUAUAUUUUUAUUGUAUUUAAGGAAACCACAUCAAUAAAGGACAAGUGUGCCUUGAUUAUACAUUUACAGACAACUGAACCAUCAUACAGAAAUAUAAAGGACACAACAUAAUAAGUUGCAAUGAAGAGAACAUUUAAGUAUAUUGCAUAAUAUAUUUGGAAGUAUAAUGGUCCUGAAUUGUUCAUAUUGUUUUGAUAGCAAACAAGCAAUAAUUUCAAUGAUUAAAAUGAGUUUAAUG